AUGCAUGCAAUGAACUUGCUACGCGCGGACGACGACGAAACAAGUGACUUCUGGUUACACAGUUACAUCUUUGCAAACCCUAAUGUGGGAAGUCUUGCAGUGAACAAGUUGUUCACAGGGUCUAUGCGCUCGGUUGAUGAUCAUACAUAUUCCUCAUUGGGUGGCAGCUUGACUACGUGGGCUUACAGGCCUAGGAGAUACCCGUCGAUCUAUGCACUUCCGUACCCCAGGCCGUCAUCUGCCUGUGUACGCAAUAUCAGUUUCCUUGAGAUUGGCAUGAUCAUGUACUGCAUCGAGAUUGGUGCAACCCGAUAUGAACGCUCUGCUGACGCAGAUCUCUCUUCGUCCUCCAGGGAAAGGUGGAAUACAGCCUUCUGGGCCACGAAGAGUUCAGAUCCAGGCGUCGCAAUCCUUCCUCAAAGCACUGAUAAAGUCGCACAAGUGGUCAACUUCGCGAGGGACCGUGGUAUCGACCUGGCCGUUCGAUGCGGGGGACAUUCGACCGAUAUCUCUGCAUCGACUGACGGAGGGAUCCUCAUCGACCUUCGGCGAAUGAACCAAGUCGAUGUGGAUAUGUCAAACCAUACAGUCACUGUCCAAGGCGGCGCUCUAUGGGCCGACGUGCACCGUGCCAUUGCAGAGGCUAACCUUGCAGUCUUCGUGGCGGAUACGGAUGAUACCUCACUCCGCAGUACGGCUUGGGUCGCCGAUAAUCUUCUCUCGGCGCAAGUGGUCACGGGUCAAGGGCAGGUUCUCACCGCGUCGGCUGAGGAAAACCAGGAUCUGUUCUGGGGGAUCCGGGGCGCCGGGGCGAAUCUGGGAAUCGUGACCUCGAUGACGUUCCAGGCGUAUCCCAGCCGCCCGCUGGUCUGGAGUGGCAUCCGAACGUUCGCCUGUCAACAUCUGUGUGAGGUUAUUCAGAGCCUCAAUCACGUAAUGCGGCAUCCCCGCGGCAAGGCUGCGGCUCAGUGUGUUCUGGGAGUGUCCCUGGAGACGCGACAACCGGUCAUCAGCGCGGUGCUGUUCUUCGAUGGUACCGAGGAGGAGGCGGAACGGCAUUUCGGCUCUCUUCUUGAGGUUCCCUCGUUGGCUAGCGAUAUUGCCAUGCGGUCUCUGGCGGAAGCGAACAGUCUCCUUGAUCCGAUGAUGCCGCCAGGGGGUCGCAAGAAGUUGCUGGGGCUGCAAUUCGCACCGGUCGUUCAGCCCGAAACUGUUAGGAAGGUGAUGGAAGCGCUGGCGACGCAGAUCAAAGCCGAGCCAGAGAUGGCCCACAGCGUAAUCGACAUUGACUUUAUCGAUCCCGAGGUGCUAUCCCGAGUACCCAUUACGGAGACUGCGUUUCCUCAGCGGACCAAGCACCUCCAGGCGUCGAUGCUUCUUCAAUGGUCGAGCGCUGGUAAGGAUGAUGAAAUCCUCGCGUGGGGAGAGAGUGUGCAGCAGUUGUGUCGAGAGGAAAUGCGCCGCAUCGGUCACGAGCCAGACGAGUUGGUAUCUAACUUUGUUGGCUACACUAAGGAGGCCGGCAAGACAGCCAAAGAAAUGUACGGCCUGAAUGCAGCGCGCCUUGUCGAGGUCAAGAAGAAAUACGACCCUGAGAAUGUCUUCAACAAGUUGAACCCAAUCAGUUAA